UCGUUAAAAGGAGUUAAUCCUGAUUUUAGCACAGGCUUUUUAAAUGACUUAUUUUCUCUUUUUAAUAAUUGAUAUAAUAAUGCAUGUAACUCUUAGUUAAGAAUAAUUGGAAAUAAUUCUGGUCAUAUUAAUCAAAUACUAGCUCUUAGACAAUGAACUACUACUUAUAGCCUCUGGUGGAUUAGCACAGGCUAUAAAAAGUGCUAAAUCAGAGAAAGAAAGCUGGAAAUAAUUUUAAUGAUGUAGCUUGAGGGAAAGCUUGAAAUACUCUGUGUGAAAUAGCCUAUAUUUACCACGUAGUACUCACUUUGCUAAAACUGUAGAUUUCAUUUCCCCUUGUUAACAAUAAAUAAACACCAAUUAACUUAUGCAGCUAAGAGAUUAGUGGGAGCAUAAAUCUUUAAUUAGAGAUUCCUUCCCAUUUUCAUUAUUGACAACAACAGCACUUGCUCAAAAGGGAAGAAUCAGCAUUCAAAAUGUAUUCAUUAUUUUUCUCUAUACUGUUUAAUGGGUAAAAAAAAGGGAGCAGCUCCACUUCCUACACCUUUUCAUGUGCACACUGAGCUCCAUCUCCAUUUUGACCUCCGUGGAUGUGGGUGGCAGCAGCUCCUGCUGAGGUGACACUACCGCCGCUGCGCACUGACACAACUAUUAAUGGACCCACGAAAAGAAACCGAAGUAUUCUCAUCAGGCAAAGACUUAACUAGCAGGGUUUCAAACUGUGACAGAAUACAGAGCAGCUGUAACAAAAAGCUUAAUUAUAUCCCUUAAACAGCAGUGCAACUCCUGCCUGAGGUCGGAGGAGUCGAUAUCGUGAGGCAGCAGCCUCGUGUAAACGCUAUAUACUUUCAUGUUGGGCUCUCAGAUGACUUAACACCGCCCUGCAACAACUCCGAGUCGUUUUCUUCAGUUCCAUCUCCCCCCAGGAGCACCCCCUCACGAAGUUCGCGGCCUGUGCCGUCCGACCCGCGCAGCCCCACCAGCGGCGGCACCGCCCGCGCCGUGCGGUCUCCUCGGAGCCAGGAGGGCUCGGCCCGGCGCUCUCCGGCGAGAUGAGAGCUCCCUCUCCCGAGGGGCUGCAGCCUCGCUCCGCCUCGCCGGGUGAAGCUCUCCGGCGCCCGGGAACGGUCCCUCACAGGGGACCGCCGCAGCCCGGGCAGACACUGCGGAGGAGGCGGCAGCACCCCCGGCUGUCCCGAGGACGGGCGUCCGGCACGCUAGGCUGCGGGCAGGUGUCUGCUUCCAGGCAGGACCGCCACACGGAUUACGACCCGCGGUCACAGUAAUCCCCGCUCCUCAGGCGAUCGGCGCCGGGGGAGGGAGCGGGACUGGGCGGGGCGAGGCGGUGGCACCGCAUGCGCAGGAAGCCAGGUGCCUGCCGGCUUGCGAGGAGCCGGUAGCAUCGCACGCGGCCCUGCGUCCUCAUGGUGCUGUGUCAGGGCGCCGAGGCUGCUGCUGUUCCCCCCGCGGCAGGGAAGGAGCCCGAGGGGCCGCGGGGCUGGGAGGACGGUGCGGAUGCGGGCCGGUCCUGCCUGCAGCCGGCGCCGGGCGUGGAGGCGGCGGACGCUGAAGAGCGCCGUGUUUGCGGCUGCUGCCCGGGUUCGCCGUGGCCGCGCUGCUGCAAGGCACCCGGUGAGGAGGGAACAAAGAAGAAAACUGCCUGUCCAGGACUUGGUCUCUUUUAUACCUUACUGUCUGCCUUCCUUUUCUCAGUGGCCUCUUUAUUUCUUAAGAAAAUAGAAGAUGUACACUCAGUGGAAGUGAGUGCAUUUCGAUGCAUUUUCCAAAUGGCAUUUGUUCUACCUGGUUUAAUAUACUACAAAACAGGGUUUUUGGGACCAAAAGGUAAAAGAAUUUUUCUUUUCUUCCGAGGACUCCUUGGCUCUAGUGCAAUGAUUCUUCUCUACUAUGCUUUCCAAGUAAUGCCUCUAGCUGAUGCCACUGUUAUAACUUUCAGCAGUCCUGUUUUUACAUCGUUACUGGCAUGGAUCUUUCUCAAAGAAAAAUACAGCAUUUGGGAUCUCCUGUUUACCCUCUUCACAAUCACUGGAGUGAUUCUAAUUGCCAGACCACCAUUUCUGUUUGGGUCAAACGUUACAGGGAUUGAAGGAAGUUACUCAGAUCAUCUUAAAGGAACUAUUGCAGCAAUUGCAAGCACGGUAUCUGCAGCAUCAACUAUUGUUAUACUUAGAAAGGUGGGAAAAUCCGUGCAUUAUUUUCUGUCAAUUUGGUAUUAUGCGGUCAUUGGUUUAAUUGGGUGUGUUAUAGCAUUGUUUGUUAUGAAUGAAUGGCGUUUGCCGUACUGUGGUAAAGAUAGAGUUUUUCUCAUAUUAAUAGGCAUAUUAGGGCUAGGGGGUCAGAUAUUUCUCACAAAAGCAUUACAGAUAGAGAAAGCUGGACCUGUAGCCAUAAUGAGAACGAUGGAUGUGGUGUUUGCUUUUAUUUUGCAGAUUCUUUUUCUCAAUCAUCUACCAACUUGGUGGACUGUGGGUGGUGCCCUUUGCGUAGUAGCCAGUAGUUCUGGGACUGCCAUUCGUAAGUGGAAACAGAGCUCAAAAAAAGCUGAACAAAAUGAAAUCUAACAACACAGACACUACUUCAUUACAGAAAUUAAUAAUCUUGAAAUAGAUAUAAAAUAUUUAUUUUUAUUUAUUUAAAGUAUCUCAUUUAUGAAAUUAUAGUACCAAGCCGUACCCAAUAAAAGAAACUGAUUUUAAUAAAAAAAAAAAACCAUCAACAACAAAUUGAAGAUGUUUUAACAACUAAUUAAAUAUAUGUUUUUUUUCCUCAUACUUGAGCAUGCAAAUAUGAGAAGUAGGAAGAUCCUUAAAAGUCACUUGCUUUGCAUCUGAAGUGGAUGGUAGUUGGCUGGGAUUUUAUUUUCCUAAAAUACCUGUACCAAAUUCUCCACUUUUUGGACCUUUUCUCUAUACUUCUCAGCAGUGGAAUUUUCCCAAGCUUAUUUGUACUAAUCUAUGCUUGUUUACGAGAGGGAUUUCAGUUCAAAUAAUUAGAAGGACAUAAAGAAUUAUAAUCCUACAAACUCUAACUUCUAUGGAACAGAUAAAGACACCAGAAACCAAAGGCACUGGGAUGUUUUUAUUGGAAUUGUGAAAGAACAAAGGAUGUUCCAUCUUUUCGAGUCAUGUCAAGACAAAAUUAACUCUUGGAAAUUAUCUUUCAGUUUUUCUUUCUUAAAAAAAAAUUGUUUGUUCCUGCUUUACAGGCAUAAUGAAACAAUCCCUAUUUUAAUACGUUCUCAAGAAAUAUGUCUUUAGUUGCUGCAAUCUUGGUGAGGAGAGAUAAUAACUAUAUACCACUUGUAAGCUAUUUCCUGUGGUAUAGAAUGUUAUGCUGUAGCUGCACUUUUCUUUACUCUAUGCAAAAGAUUGUAUUUUUUAGAUAUUUAAUAUAGGUUAUUUUAAAUGCUACUUAGGAGUGAUUUCUUCAUUCUCAAUGAAAGUUCUUUAUGAGACCGUUUCAGUUCUCUUGGCCUUCAUAAGGUUAGGCAAAUGCUUUAAUGUAAAUCCUCCUUUUUCCUAAGACUUUACAAGAGAGUGCACACGAGUCGCAGUUCACAGAAAAUACACGUUUGCCAACCUCAUAGCACAGAUUCUAUAGAACAGGUUUGUGGAAUGCUUGGUGGGAGGGUGGAGCUCACGCUCGGUGCAUCAGGCAGUGCUAGGGGGCAGCUUCAGCCCCAUUUCUCUAGCUGGGUUUUUUAAAUCCACACUUAGUCACUUCUCUUACGCAGCUUCUCAUGUUGAUAGGCUUUGUCUUGAUAGUGAUGAAUACUGAGGAAAAAGGCUUAUGUUACUGAUCUCGGCCUCCUUCACGUUUGGAGGAGGAAUAUAUAUUGAAUGUGAGGUAGGGGGAUUUUCUUAAAUGAAUUGUUGUGUGCUUUUGGGUCUUGUCUCCGUAGUCCUUAAAGAAAAACUUAACUUGGAUCUUUAUCUGAUUGUUUGUAUCACAAGGUGUUUCUCAGUUGUUUAUGCACCCCCAUGUCUUUCUAAAGGAGCGUGUUGUAGCCAGUAGGCAUUGCAUUCUGGGAGAGCAGCCCUAGGAGAGCUGAGCCCUGAAAGACUGAAAUCUGUACCAUACUUCAGAGUGUAUCUAGAUCAGAGGAGCUAUCUUUCUGCCAGAUUUUGUACUUAAUAUGUUUAUGGACAUAAACAGAUUCCAUCUUGGUGAUAAAAUCACUUUAUGCAUGUAGCUGUCUGUUCACUGCUUCUCCUGAAGGCUGAAGUUAGCCACUCCUGACAUGGUCAGCAAUAGUAUAAAACUGGUUUUGCGUCUCUUUUUUCUUUAAUAAAAAAAAUAAAAAAUAAAAGGCCUAAUAAUAGAAUUCCAGUUUAAUUCUGCUUACUACUUGAAAUUGUAAGCUGGGAUUUCUUCUGCUGCUUGGCCAUCAUUGCCAUUGAGUAACACAUUUCAAGGGAGGGAUGGAAAAUAGACUGCAUUUUUUACUGCUUCACUUCAUGUUUAAUAUGCACAUGUUUGUAAGUUAAUGCUGUCAGAGGUGCAGUUCCAAAGCAGUUCAGAUCAAUGUAGAAUUGGGUUGUCAGCUAGUCCUGGUUCCUCCCAUUGACUCAGUGUGGCUGCUUAUGGGGUUGUGAGGUGAACUGCCUCUGGGAGUUAUCCAGCUGAGUAACUUGUUCUGUAGGGUUACUGGAGAAUGCCGAACUACAGUGGCCUCAACUUAAUCACCAAGUCAAAAAAUAACAAAAGGGAGUUGGAUAAUAGUUUAAGUUGCAGUGUGUGAACACUACUUUGUCAGUAUACAGUAAAAAAAAAUCUGGAAGCUUAUAUAAAAAUAUCUUUAGCUCCUAUGAUUUCAGUGGUUAUGAACCUUGUUUACAAAUAGUAGAGAAGUACACACUAUUGAAGAAAGGUCUUUUUUUUUUCUUGCACUAAACAUGUAUGAAUUGACCUGAAAUCAGCAUCUUGGUAUAGUACAUUUUUUUUCCCUUGAGUUGGAAGCUCUAAUUAGUAAUUGGGAGUAUUUAUUUACAAUGCCUGGUAACACAGUCAAAUUUCUCUCUUCUCCACAGCGUACUGUUUGAGAAUAUGAAAUAAAACUGGCUGAGCCUUGAUUCUUUCUGAUCAGUUUUCUCUUUUAGUUUUAAUACAGCAAAUUCCUCAGGGUCAAAUGUUAUUUUUUUUCUAAGCUUUAUGUGAAAUAUAUCACUAAUGCUCAUCACCUGUAAUGUCGUCUUAUGAUCUUUGCAGUAAUUAAGUUCACCAGAUGUGCACUUACAAUUGGAACACUUUCCUUUGUAAUAUGAUGGAGUAUUGUUGCAUUGUAACUGCUGUUCUAUAAAGUCACUCUUGAAUUCCAAUGUAUUAAUUCAAUGUACAGAUUUCAGUGGAUCCUGAAUAGAGAAAGUAAUAGGUAAUUAUUGGUUGUUUUGCACAUAAACAUAGGGUUAAAAGGCUUUGUUGUUACAGAUUCAUCACAAGCAUGUUUCUUAUGUUCUUUGCUAUGCAAUUCACUGUAAUCAUCUGCUGUCUCCACUGGGACUUUGUAGCCUUCAAGCCUUACAUACCUGACUCUUAGGCAGAGCUGGAAGCUAAAAAUGCUGUGUAUUGUCACUGUGCAGCAGCUAGUUUCUUUCAGGAUACGCUGGUUGUCAAAAUAUGCUCUAAAAGCCCUCUGAGUAUGCCCACACAAUGAACUUGUCAUAUUCUUAGUGUGGGCAAGUGCAGUCUAUGUAACUAAAAUGACUUUCCUGCACUUGUCUAACGCCAGACAUGGAAGUAAUCUCAGCAUAAGAGCAUUGGUGAAAUAACUAGUUCAUAGUGUCAUUUUUCUUCUGAAAUGAGACUUUCCCAAAUCCCAGUGCUGUUCUGAGAUGAAUCUUUCCAUCAUUGAUGAUGACAAGAAAGAUAAUAAUACCCUUAAUUAUAAUAUAGUAUAAUGACCCCCACCCUCUAUUUUGUUUUCCUUGAUGAGCAUUAUUCAGGAUAUGCCUCUUGGAGGAAAGUUUGUUUCUAAAGAGGCAGCCUCUUCAAUAGUCUUGCUAACUGGCAGUGGGCAGGCCAGGAAUAAUCAAUUUUCCAGUUCUCCACUGAUCAUGAUUUCUGUCCAUUCAAACAAGAGUUUGCAGAGCUGACAGCAGAUGUGCAACACUGACUUUAGCAGGGCUUUGCAGUUACCAGCAGAAUGUUUUCAUGGUUGUAACUGCCUGUCCAUCCAAAGAAAAGUUGUGGCUUUAUGUUCCUGCAGAUGCAGGUAACCUUGGUGCGAAACAUGCACACUACUAUAAAUUGUUGGUGAUAACACUUCCGCCUAUCAGAAUGAGUAAUUUUGUAUUUUAUGCAAACUGUUCUUUGACAAAAAUAGGGUUUAAAAAAAAAAAACCCUCCGCAUUAAGAUUUUUUCUAUGUCCUAUAUAUUGUUAAAUGAUAUGUUUUGUAGAAUUUACUGGCUUUGUUAUGUAGUAGUAUAUUUUUAUAGAUACCUCAUAUAUUGAAAUGUGAAGAAUAUUUUCAUAAGAGAUUUAUAUUCAUCAUUGCUAAUAAAAUGAACCUGAAGAAUUAA